AUGCUCCUCUCGGUCGAGAAUGGCGUGUUGAGUGCAGGCAGCGGGAGCUUCUGGUCGAAAUGCCUGGAGAUCAAGCUCAACCGCGGCUUUGCCUGUGAGGACGCCAGGACUCCGCUCGCCGCGGGGUACAGCCGAGUGGCGCGGAAUGCAGCCAGCGUGGACAGCGAGGUGUAUCCUGGCACUGCUUUGAUGCUCUACGACACCACCCUGGCGCGUGUAUACCGCAACAAGUUGACCGCGAAGACUAGAAAAACGGCGCCCAAGACGAAGCCUACAGGCAAGUCGAUAGCCCAGGAGAACGAAAUUGAAAACAAGUUGAAACUGUUCGUGGAGCUGGAUGGCUGGCGGUAUACAACUCUCCCUGUGAUUCUGCGCGAACGAGCAGCCGACAACGAGGACAAGAAGAAGAAAGGAGGGUCACAUUCUUCCAAUGGCUACAUUAUCAAAGACGAGUUGGUCCGUUUGAUGGACUGGAAGCUGAAACAUGGCUCGUUUCGGCCUGCACUUAUGGGCUUGAUACGCUCAAAUCAAGAGUCGCAGGUAGAGUCGGCCAGCAAGGACGCGUUCUCAAAGCUGGCGGAAGACUCUGCAACCGGAAAAUUCCCCGAAUCGAGCAUGCAGCUGCUGUGCAAAAGCUUCCGUGGCGUUGGUCCUGCAACGGCGUCCCUGGUCCUCUCACUUGCACCACAUAGUGACACCUACGAAACUCCGUUUUUCAGCGAUGAGCUUUAUUACUGGCUCUGCUUGGAUUUGUAUUCGUCCCCAAAACCAAAGCAGAAACAAAUUCUCCCGAAGCUUAAAUAUAACAUAAAGGAGUAUACGGAGCUAUGGGACGCAUUCUCAAGGCUACGUCAGCGCAUUGAGCGGCUGUCUGGAGAAGAGAAGGCCAGCAAUGCUAGAAUUGCCUUUUCGACGCAGGAUAUCGAGAAGAUUGCAUUUGUGGUAGGCCACCCUGAGGCAACCGGCCCCGACAGAGAUGACUCUAAAGUACCGUCAAAACCGGACGACCAGGGGGAUGCGCCCUCAACGCCAUCAUUGCCAACAGAUGCAGACCCGGAGACGACGGCCGAGAAAGAUCAAGGCAGGCGUACUCGGAAACGAAAAAGACAGGGCCCGUAG